AUGAUUUUUCAAGACUCGAUCCGCCGGAAAUACAAGCAAGGAAGGUGCGCUGGAGAAGAAGAACGAGUCAGUGGUGGAGAAGAAAAAAUCUACGGCAGAGAAGAGGAAAGCUGCGGCGGCGGAGAAGAGGAAAACUGCGGCGGAAAAGAAGAAGGACUCUGCUCUAAAAGAAACAUUGGUGAAAAAAAGGAGAGAAGCUGUGAAAAAAGGAGAGGAUAUGUGAAAGAAAAUAGAGAUGCAGCGAAAAAGAAGACUAAAACCGCAGAGAAGAAGAGGAAGCGAGACAGUAGUGUAGAUGGUGAGUCCUCGUCGAAUCCAAUCAAGCGGAGUCGGACCGCAUCUCCACCAAAACAUCAAGCCGAUCCCAAUCAUUCCCCGGCACUAUCAGCGAAAUUGCUUUCUCAGGAUGAUAAAGAGGGUACGCCAAGUCCAUCACAUCCGACUGAGCCACAAAAAUCACCUACUCAAACACCCAAUGAGGCGGAGAAUCCACGGCAAGCUCCAAUAAAUUCUAACAACAGAGAGUCAUGCUCACCCGAGGCAUCCAUUAACAAUGAAGCGCAACGAACGGAUGAGACAGAGGGCGAGGCAGAGGGUAAGGGAGGGGAUGAGGCAGGGGGUGUGGCAGGGGGCGAGGUAGGUCGUGAAAGUGUAUCAGAAUUGGAGUUGAGGUUGAAUAAGAGAAUGGACGAUGGAUAUGCAUUGAGAGACGAAACAAUUCGUCUUCUGGAAGCAAGAGUAAAAGAGUUGGAACAAGACAAGAUUCAACGAGAAAGAUGGUCAUUCCAGUUUGGUGAACCUGGAACCGGUUAUGCUUCAGGAGGAAAUGCAAGAGAGGCUGAGAAGGAGGGCGAGACAGAGACUGCCAAAGAUGCUGAGAUAGGUGAGAAGGAGGGCGAUACAGAAGCUGAUAAGGAUGGUGAGGAAGGCGAGACAGAGGCUGCCAAGGAUGGUGAGAUAGGUGAGAAGGAGAGCGAGAAAGAGGCUGAUAAGGAUGGUGAGGAAGGUGAGGAAGGUGAGAAGCAGGCCGAGACAGAGGCUGCCAAGGAUGGUGAUGAGAAAGAAGGCGAGACAGAGGCUGGUAGAGAGGGUGAAGAAGGUGAGAAGGAGGGUGAGACAGAGGCUGAUAAGAUGAUGGAAGAUGAUGAUGCGGAGGAGUCACCAUCUACACUUGACGUGAUGACAGAAGCUGUGGAGAAACUCGAGAAAGAAGUUGCUGAGAAGGUUGCUGCUGAUUUGGCCGCUGCUGAGUUGGCUGCUGCUGAAAACGCAGGUACUGAUAAGGUUGGUUAUGUGGAGGAGACGAGGCCGAAGAAGUCACAUAAACCUUCUCGUCCGCUCAGUUCUCCAUAUGAGCCAAAUUGA